AUGAAUUGUCUCCGCCAGACCCAUGGUCGACUCGUCAGCAGCAACAAAGCACUCACGCUACUGCCGACCAUAGGAGCAUCGCUUCCUGCAAUCUCUGCUUCUACUCCAUCGCACAUCCCCCUCACACCCAGAACCUCUGUCGUCUAUGGCUCUAGCUCCUCAACACGGUGGAAAACACGCCAGACCCGCGACCACUUUGCCCGAGAAGCCAAAGUCGCAGGCCUAAAGUCUCGCGCGGCCUUCAAGCUCCUCGAACUCGACUCGAAACACCACAUUUUCCGCAAGGGCGGCACGGUUGUGGAUCUGGGCUAUGCGCCUGGUAGUUGGAGUCAGGUUGCCGUUAGCAAGACGAGUCCAGGUGGUAGAGUCUUGGGCAUCGACAUUAUUCCCGCACAGCCGCCGCGAGGGGCCUCGAGCAUCCAAGGCAACUUNUUGAGUGCCGAGGUGCAGGCUGAGGUGCGAAGAUAUGUGCGCGAUCCAACACUAGGGCGAGCGAGAGCAAGAGUGACAAUGUCGAAACAAGGCGAAGGCGAGGCCGAAGAAGAGGAGGGUGCAACAGAAGAAGACGUCGAGAGUCAAGCACGUGGUGUGCUAAGCCUGGCGCAAGAGACAAGGCCAAAAGAGAACGUCGGGCAGCCUGAUCAGCAAGACCAACAAGCAGACGAAGAGGCGGAACAAGAAGCACAACUCAGCGUGCGGAAAAAGGACCUCCGCGACGGCAGAGUUGUCGAUGUUGUGCUAAGUGACAUGUCAGCACCCUGGGAGCAGACCACUGGCCACUGGAUCAGGAGCGUUAGUAACCCCAAACGGCCUUGCGUUCGCACCGGUAGNGACCUCUGCAAUGCUGCCCUGACCUUCUGCUACGACACCCUCCGCACCGGCGGCCACUUCAUGUGCAAAUUCUACCAAGGCGCCGAAGACAAGGCCUUUGAAACCCGCCUCAAAAAACUCUUCGACAAGGUCCACAAAGAAAAGCCAGAGUCUUCGAGAAAGGAGAGCAAAGAAGCAUAUUUUGUCGCGUUGAGGAGGAAGCCUGAUGUACCCAGGGAACUCGUCUUUCCUGACGACUUUGUGGACGAGAACGAAUUUCCUGAGUGA